AUGUUACGAAUUUUAAAUGAAAGUGAAAAAUCUGCUCUCAAACAGACAUCUGAAGGAUCCAUGAAUGGCAUAAUCUUUAGUGUCAAGAUAAGUAAAAAAUGUGAAGAUAAUUUAUCUGACGACGCUACUUUACAUACCACUGGUGAAUCUGGAAAUUUACAACUUUUGUUACUAAAAUCUUUAAAAUUGCUUAUACCCAAGUAUAAAGAGCUUUGCACUACAGUUGAUGAGAAUCUACACUUUGUACAUUUAGAUGAAGUGAAAACUACAGAUGUUGUGAAAAUUAUAAAUUAUAGUCGAAGGAAAUUCGAUAUAAAUGAAGGUUUAAGUGGUCCUUCUUCUUCCUUAAUAAAUUCAAUCUAUUAUCAUAGUAACUUCCAACCUGGCAGUGGUAAACCUUAUGGAAAAUUACCUUGUUGA